AUGGAUGAACGAUUUCACAAGGAGGAUCCGUUUGGAGUCAAGAAGGAUUCACAGAGUCAUGCAAGCUCGAUUCCAACAGGUUACCGGGAAGAACACAAAAGAGUUGUGUGCAUGCCACAUCCAACAAUUCCAGGAAAAACCAUAAGGUAUCGGCUGUGUUACACAAAGAAUGGAGACAUUGCAGAGGCAGAUGUUUUAAGAAUUGAAGUAUCUUAUGGGCUUGAGAGCCUGGCAAGCUGGAUCAGAAAGAUCCUCGAAUUCCACAAAUUCAAAAGAUUAUUAGUCUAUGUGAAGUACGGAGAGCUUCUGAAGCUCAAUGAUGAAGUAGAAAGGAUCGGCAAAGACCUAUUCACAUACAAUUACAAAUUCAAGUUUGGAUUUAUUCCCGAUAGUUAUGAGGAAUCAGAGUAUGUACUGUUAUACGAUAUAGAAGGGAUAAAAAAAGGUGAGCAUUACGGAUGA